GCACGUUCGGCCGCGCGCCGCGAGGGGCGCUGGCGUCGGCCGCCGGCGCGGGACGCAGUGCGCGCGCGGCGCUUGCACGGGGCGGAUCACUGCGCCUGCGCCACCGCCAGACAAACUUUGUUGACGCUGGCGUCGUCUAUCUUCGCACCGACUUAUUUAUCGCGUCUUUCGUAAACGAUCGCCCAGAUUCGCCUGCUACCACUGUCGCCAGAGCCAAGUGCCACGUCUGGUUGCAGUGUCCGUGCGACAUGACAACAGCCUCAGGAGCGGUCGCAGCAUGUCGCCGGAGCGCGCCGCCGCCUGCCAGCACUGCCCCGGGUCUCCCCCGCCGCGCUUCCUCGUGCCUCCGCCCCCGCGGCCGCCCUUCCUGCAGGACGACGGCGAGGACUGCUCGGAGGAACCGCUGCUGCCUUACGAGGUCUGCGACCUCGCUACCCCUGUGCACCUGGAGGACGGGUCCAGAGGGCUGCAGCCGCUGCCGGCCACGACGGUAGUCGCCAUCUGCUGUUCGCUGUUGCUCGUCGCUGUCCUCACAGCCACCGCCCUGCUCUGGAAGUACCGCAGGAAGAUUCCGUGCAAGGCGGCGGGCGGGGACCACCGCGACGGCUGCUGCGCGGCCUCAGCUGGCAGAGGCGGCGGUAGCGGGGGCGGCGGCGGCGGCCCCACCGUGGAGUACGCCGACCUCACGGAGAUCCUGCCGCCCCCGCGCACCUCGGCGGCGCUGCAGCAGGUGCUGCUGGCCAGCAGCCCUCGCUCCAGAGCGCACAUUCCCAGGAAUCUGGUGCAGAUGCAAGCCAUGCCGCAACCACGCCCGCAUCGACGCCCCCACGAUCAGAGGGCAGCACUGUGUCCGGACUACCAGCAGCCCUCCGAUCUCUACAACCCCGUCUACAACGAGAUCUCCAACAGUUCGGACGAGUACCUGCCUUCCGACCGGGGAGACGACGACGAGCGCGACGGCGGUGACAGCGGCAGCGACAGCGGCAGCUCGGAGGGCGUGCGUACCUACUGCAGCGCCGAGCACCUCUCGCCGUCGCCGUCGCCCGCCGACGAGGCGAGCCCGCUGCGGCCGCCGCCCUCGGCGCCACCCCCGCCGCCCCCAGCAGGCGCGGCCGGCGCCUUCCAGCUGCGCUAUCUGCCGUCCGCACCGCCCAUCCACCAGAUGAGCGACUCCCCGCCGGGCCACGAGUCAGACUCGGGCUACAGCCACCACUCGUCCAGCGGCCAGCGCCGCCCCAACCCGGCCGGCCUCUACUAGUCACUCUGGACGGCACUAGCCGACCAGCGUCCAGUGUCGUCCUCACUUCACACACGUGCAGACGGCCCCAAAAGCCUAAUGAGACGUCCCUAUGGUUCUGCAGUCUCUGCAGACACACUCAGUACGGGUGUCUUUUGAAACUAAUCUAGUCAGAUAACAUACCCUGCUAAGAACGUACAGAAUAUAUGUAUGUAGGCUGCUGAGGCAAGUGUCAGUCUCAUUAAAGUCCUCCUCUGUGUACUACCACGUUAUCUCGUUGGAUUCUAAAAUAUUCAGUAUUAAUACUUCCGAUUGUACGUGGGACUGCAGGAAGUGCAGAUAUACGAUUACUUAUGAGUUUCAACUGAUCCGUCACUACUGCUAUCAACUAAUUUAACUUUAUUAGUAUGCUUGCGUUCGAGUAACGUCAAAUUAAUUUUCUUCCUUAGGAAGAAAGGGAACGACAUUUUGUUCCCAACAUCGGUGAAAAUAUUCGCAAUAAGUGUCGACAACAUUCACCAGUUACAAAACGUUUUGAUUUUUACAUAACAGCAUGUGCUUUUGAACGCAUGAUGAGAAUGCAUAACGAUGAAUUGUAAGUUCGACAGGAUUAAGGUACCUGAAAAACUGAUUGUGAAAAACAAAUGUAUGCUAUACAGAUCUAAAGUAUCAGGAGUAAUGGCUAAAAGAAUAUUAAUCUUUUUUGGGCACCUCUACCGAAUGAAUGAGACUAGUCUCACGAAACAAAGUAAUAUUCCUGUAUUUCUGCAAGAAGAAAUCACAGUAGCAUGAACUGCAGAGAUAAGGAAAGAACUAGAAAGAAACAUCAUCAAAGAAUCGGAAUUAGCCAACGGAAACCUUUGUAAGAAUAAAAUAUUAAAUUUAGAAGGCUUUCAGUACAAAGGAAAUCAGAGGUCGGGAACAACAUGGAAAGAAGAAAGGGAAAGGCGACACAGGAUGAAAACAAAGUACUGGAAAGCAACAAGGGAAAAUGAGAUAUAGCAGCUGUUACAUGAUCCUUGUUGGUUAAUGCAAAAAUAAAAUAAUACACUAACUUUUUCAUAAUUUUAGUUGGAAUGUAUAGUUAGCUUACAUGUAAUAUCUCGAGCGAACAUUGCUGAUUCAGAGUCUUCUUCAUUAUUGAAUCAUCUUUCACAUGAUGGAACAAUGUGUUUUUAAGCAGAAUUAUUGGCUUUACAUACGGCACAUCUGUUUAACUUUUCUAUCUUUGGAUAUAGGACAUAUAGGGCACGCGCUUUGUAAUCAUAUCUCUUAGGGAUCACUGUAAAUCAAAAAAUUAAAAUAUGAAUUUGAAAAAUAGGGGAAAAAAUAAAUUGAUAAUUCCUUAAAGAGGGAAAUUUCAUACGUCACAACUUUUCUAAGAAUUAACAGUUCAAAACCACUUACUGAACAACUGAGUUACACAUAAUCAACUAAUCGACUAUGUGUUACACGAUAUAUGUUACAAUUUACAGUUACCUUGUUGCCAUGUUUGUGAAAACUGGGAGACUCCACAACUGUGAUGGAAUUUGAUAAAUCCCAGCGACAUAAAAUGUGCCUUUCUUCGCAAACGAAGGUAAACAGACGUUAACCACAAUAAAAAAAUGCUACCAAUGCAACAGGUACAAAUAUUUUGCUCCAUAUCGUGACAACACUGGAAAAUACGUAGACUGCGGUGUGUGAAACUCCAGUGCAGUAAUGAAGGAUUAAAUUGUCUCCAUUUUACCGUGUUGUUCUCGAUUUCGAGGAAAUUAGGCAGCCUCAAGAUCAGUUGUGUGUGACACACAUGCAUUAUAGCGAUGUGUGGUACAUUCACAUUAAGUCCGUGUCUCACUGACAGUGAUUAACCUUUAGUGACGUGCACUGUCAAACUAAAGUCAGCACCACUCACGAAGUGAAAACCCCAGCUGCGUCUUGGAGAAGAAAAAAAAAAGUAUAUGGAAGCACUCACUCCUCGACUAAAGUAUUCUUCGUCCAGAGGAAGGCCGUUCCAACACUACCAAAAUAUUGGAUAUAUUAGGGUUUUAUAAGAUGACUUGGUAAUAUACACAGAAGGGUUUUAAUGAGAAAUUAAAGAAUGCUCUGACUGUACAGCUAAAUGAAUUGGUGCAAAUCCAAACACGUGAAAGUUUGGUGCAAUCUUGGAACAAAAUUGAACACUAAAUUCUAUCACAAGAAAUAAUAAUAAUAAUAAUAAUAAUAAUAAUAAUAAUAAUAAUAAUAAUAAUAAAAAUAAUAUACGUCAUUGGAAUCAUAAUAGGAGAAGCGUUUUUUCCAUUUAAAACCUGCAUAUAUUUGAGAUUUCUUAUUUAAUAAAUCACUUUACCACUAAAGAAAACUGUUCAUAAUUCUUGGCUGGAACUAUGGGUUUGAACUGUUUGAAUUCUUAGCUGGUGCAGUUUGAGUUCAUACGAGGCAAAUUAGUGUAGUCUACAUCGUAUCCCCCUCUUCAUAGGAAUUCUGUACAUUCUAGGCAAGGAAGUCUGUAACGGCUUUGUCUGCAGUGGUACGUUAACUGCAUUGGCUGUGUUAUUUAUGAAGUUACUUGAAGUGUAAUUUUUCGUGCCAGACUUUACAUCCAAAAGUGUGAUAGGCAGUAUACCAAUUAUGGAAUGGAUGUGUCAAUCCAGUUGUUCCUCACCCCUUAAUGGUCAGUGACGAAUUAAGACGAUUGUGGUUCUCAAAAUGUUUUCUUGUGUACGCUAUUAUGACAUAUACCUCUGUGGCAUUUUCCUUUCCAAAUACUGAAUGCUUUUUGAGUCAGAACUAAAUUAAAUAGUUUUUUGUUUCUUUUUCUAUAUUUUUCUCACUUUAAAAUGCUAUUUAUUUAGUUGUUUAUUUCAUGAUGUUUAGUAUUCCUUGUUUAUUGUUCUACACACUUAGUUUUAGUGACCAAUACUGUUACUUAAUUGUGCAUCUACAUAUUACAGUAAGACAUCCAAAACAGACGAUUUUGUUGCAUCCAGAUUAGUUUUAGCUUUCUGAAUGUUAAUGACAUAAGUUUGCACUCUAUUGAGGCCACUCUUUUAAUGAUAUUUCAUAAACCUCUAUACAUCAACAUGUUGAAGUGUGACACACAUUAUGUAAAGGAAAUCCAUUCUUCAUUACAAGGCUCAAAUGAAGUUGAUAAAUAUUUGUUAGCUUUCAGUUGUAACAAGCAGGUAUCUGGUUGCUUAUAAAAGUUUGCGAAACGACGAAAAUAUGUAACUCCUUGCUAUUUUACAACCACCAUUGAAUACGCCAGAGCAUCCAUAACUCUCCUCAAAAAGCAGUGCAAAGUUUUUGAAAUUAUUCUGUAUUUUAUGUUGAGACUAGUCCAAGGCUUUCGACGUACUAUAAGUAUAAUAAAAACAAUUACAACCAAAAAAUGUGUUAACAGGAAUGGCAAGGUGCUGGUUAGAUGAACUUCCUGAGAUCUCACCUCUGUGUUACUUAAAAAAGAGUCUCGAUAAAAGGAAAUUGUUGAAGUUAUUAGCAUCGAAGGUGAUACCUUUCAUUAGUUUGGUGGGACUGUUCUUGAGAUUCUUAAAGAUCUUGAGAAAUUGUAGAGCUGCCACACCCUUAUUUUAUUGUUGAAUUAGAAGAAAUUAUGUUCAGGAAGACUCCAGUUGAUUCUUGGUAGGUUCAGGUCGGUCAUGUAGUAGAAUGUCUUGUCUCACUUUUCAGCUCAGUGAAGACUGAAAUAGUGUGGGAUUCUUGAUUCUCAAAUAAAAAAAACACUGAAUAGGACUGACUGCCAUAUUUUACAGCAACAUAGAAACUAAAUGUAUAUUUCUUUUCAAUACAUCCAUGCACUAUCAGAACAGAAUAGCUUAACCACCUAAUGAAUGAAUAGAACCAUGUGACUUUUUUAUUCUUUAGGUUGUAGAAAGCGUGUGUGUUUAUCAAGACAGUAUCUAAGUUGAAGUGAGCUGUAAGAUCCGUUCAGAUGCCUAGUCUUUCUGUUUUAAGUAUGCUUGACUUUGCAAUUGUUAAUAGCUCAAUAAAUGCACAUGAAACAGAUUCACCUCCCACCUUGUCAUAGCACCAGUACACAAACCUGAACCAAAUAUAUCGGAUCUCUGUAUGAUUAUCACAGGAUUAAGGAAGUGUGCAGAUCCGAAUAUAGAAGCCAAAGUUUAUACUCGUCUCUAUUUGAAAUGUAAAAGUAUUUUAUUUAUUUACUUUGUAUCCACAAAUUUAAAUAAUAAAAAUCCUUUAUAAUUCUUA